AUGGCGGACUUCAACGGGGGGCUCAAGAACGACAGAUGGGGAUUUAUCAGAAAAGUGUACGAAGUCCUCAGUGUUCAACUUCUGCUAACGACCAUAGUUGCUGGAUCCGUUGUGUGUUUUGAGGCUUCAAAACUUAUGUGUCAUCUGUACGAUUACCCUCAAAACCAUACUUUGAACCUUUUUUUAUUGGGACUACUUACUGUAGCUAUGAGUCUUUCGAUUGGUAUAUCGAGCUCCAUGGCACUACGCACAUUCUUGGAAGCUUUGGAUUUAACGACCAUGGUGGUGGUGUCGCUAACUGGUUACACCUACUGGGCUGCUAAGAAGGGGAUGGACUUCCACUUUUUGGGUCCCUUGCUUUUCACAAGCCUCUUGGUCCUGAAUUUCUUUGGUUUUAUUCAGGUAAUGUAUUUCCUUCUGCCCUUAUUUUUUUUCAUGACCUAUAUCAGAAUCUGUUUGAAUUUACAUCAAUACUCUUCGGAUUACAGUUUCACUAGUUAUUGACUGUGUGUUUUGAAAAUCAAAGCUAGAUUCGUUAUUCUACAUUCUAAAAGCUGAGCUGAGCUGUCUUCAUCAUAU